AUCUAGAGGUUUUUUUUUUAUAUAUAAAACUAUUUAUAUUUAUUUAUAUUUUAACUAUUCACACACUUAGAAAUUUAAGGCCUUCAUUAGGAAUGUUUAUAAACUUGUAGAUAGUGACCCAUAUCAUUUUUAUUGACUUUUCUUUUUUUUUGCUUAAAACUUGUAUUUGAAUAUUUUAUAAUCUAUUCUUUAGUCUGUAACAAAACCUAAAAAUUGAUGUAGGUAGCUAUUACAUUAAAAUAUUAAUAAAUUAGACAUUUAUUAUUAGUAGGAUUACUAAGACUAUACUAUCAUAUUAUCAUAGGCGUCAUUUGGGGGUGGCAAGGGGGGGCAGUUGCCACCCCUGAAUUUCUGGACCCAGUAUUUUGCCACCCCAGAAUUUUGAAGUAAAACUUAAUUAUUUCCAAUUAUCUAAUUAAAAAAUAUUCUAUACAUGAAAGAUUCUUGUCAAUAAUAAAAAUGAUAAUAAUGCGUAUGCGUAUCAGUCCUGUGUUCGCGUAUGUAGUAGGGCAAUGGUUAGCUGGCACGGCUGCGGGAAAACACCUGAGUGAUGACACCGCGACUGUGUCGUAAUAUUGUUAUUGUAUAUAAAUAUAUUAUGUACACAUGUACAAAAAAUGUUUACAGAAAUAGUACCCUCAUCAACGUCGCGACAACAUUAACAAGCUAUACUAGUUUCCUAGAAAGAUUAUCGGUUAUUUCCAUCUUAAAUGGUAUAGCCACUAUUUUUGCUAUUGAGCAGAGUUAGUUGCUAGAGUAGCUUUAUGCCAGUUUUUUAUUUUUGUGAUCAAAGACAUGUUUUCUCAGAAAAAUAAAAAAGGACAAAGUUCGUUGCUGUCUUACUUUAGCUCAGACCCUGCGAGUAAGAAGAAACGGUUAGAAGAUGAACCAUUUGAUGGAGUUGCUUUGGAACAUCAACCAGAAGUAGAAGAUGUAUUAGGCUUAUCAGUCGCUCUCUCAACCACAACUUCUAAGGGCAAUUCUCCUUCAAAUGAAAUUCAGAGGCUCAGGUCUUCCUCCAGUACAACUGACCAAUUAAUAAUUGGUCCAAUUAAUAAACGAGAUCCUAUUCAUGGACCAGGUAUGGCCAAGACAUAUUUUAAGGAAGGUUCAUUUCAACCACAGGAUUUAAAUUUCCCUCAAGUGGACGGUAGGAAAUUUAGGCCAGAGUGGUAUAAAAUAUUUUCUUGGCUGGAAUACAGUAUUUUAACAGAUAAAGCGUUCUGUUUUGUCUGCCGUUUGUUUUACAACUCUGAAGAAAAUAAUGCAGAAGAUGUAUUUACCCUCACUGGAUUUUCCAAAUGGAAGAAAGCUGUAAACGCGUUUAAGAAACACGAGAAUAGCAGCUCACAUAGAAUUAGUAACAUUAAACUCAAUUCUCUAAAAGAAGCAGACAAAAGUGGCACUGUUAUAGAAAAAGUACAUUAGCAGUAUUCAGAAGAAGUAAAAGAAAACAGAUUGUACCUAGAAGCUUUGUGUGAAUCGCUGAUAUUUUGUGGUAGGCAAUCUAUUGCUUUGCGAGGUCAUGACGAAUCUACAGAUUCGAAGAAUAGAGGAAACUUUUUGGAGCUUAUGAAGCUUCGUUCUAUAGAUAACUGUGUAAUAAAAAAAUUCUUCAUGAAUAAUCAAAAAAAAUUUCAGUAUACCUCACCGACUUUCCAGAAUGAGCUAUUGUCAAUUAUUGGGGAACAAAUUAAAAUGCACAUUGCCAAAGAAGUUAAAGAGGCAAAGAUUUUUGCCAUUA